UAUUACGCUAACGAGAUCGAUGUGGGGAACUCAAGCAGCAGUUCCGCGGACUACGAAUUCGGGUCAGAAGGUACAGAUGCAGACGCAGACGAUGUCGCAGGCGGAGAUCGACUACCAGGAUGAGCUCAUUCGGGAGCGGGCGGCCGAGAUCGAGGCCAUUGCCCAGUCAUUGGAAGACAUUGCCAUCAUCAACCAAGAUCUGGCGAUGCUGGUGGCCGAGCAGAGCCCGAUGCUCGACAAUAUCGAGGCCAACAUCGAGCAAGCGACCGAGUAUACCGCAACUGCGGUGGAGGAGCUGCAGUCGGCAGACCGGAGCGCCCGAAAACGGCGGUCGCGGCUGAUUAAGUUCUACUCUGGCCUUGCCGUGCUUGGAGCCGGCCUGGCGUUUGUUUUUCGUCGGCGAUUCUGAGGUAGAUGCGCGUUCAUUGUGUCUUGGCGGCUGCUCAAGUAAGUGGGACGGCGUGCCGCGGGCGGCGUGACGGCGAGUGCGGCGGGGCUGUACCCUGUGGACGCGAAUGCGGAUGCGGAUGCGGCGGAUACGCCGGCGCAUACUGCGGCGAGUGCGGCGGGGGCAGGUGCGGCAUGGGAUGAACACGCCUAUGCGGCGAGUGCGGCGAGUGCGGCGAGUACGGCAUGGCGCGCAGAGCUGACGGCGAGCUGUGCGGCGAGGCCAUCACUGGAUGUGGUGAGUGCGGUUGCGGGCGGCGGACAUGCGGGACCGGCGAGCGAGCUGCCGCAGCCGACGAGAGCACCGCAGCCGGGUCAAAGCCCUGGGUCCGGAGGCACUCUUGCCACUGCUCAGCCAGAGCCCGAAGCUGGGCAAUCUGCGACCGGCGCUGGGCAAGAACGUUGAGCUUGUGCGCCAGACGGGCCUGCAUCUGCUCAGCCGCAAGGCUGCGAGUAUGCAAGUUCCUCAGCCGAGCCUGCACAGAGGCUGCCGUCGGCGUCAGGUCGCGGAGCCGGACAGAGCUGUUCGCCGCCGACAUCUCGAACAUCAUCACGUUGUCGCGGAGAAAGUUGACGAGGCCAUCAAGUGUGAGCGCAGCAUCCGGCAGAUUGGUAAGAAUUAGGUCGUGGAGCCGGGUAAACGAGCACUCUCCG